CACACACACACACACACACACACAGACACACACACACACACACACGCAAGCGCACCACUCUGGUCGUCGCCUGCUGAGGACUAGACCGCGUUCGGGUGGAGCAGCAUCGUCGCGUGUGAGCGCGAGGGGCGGACUAUGGCAGACGUGCGCGGGCGGCGGUGGACCUCAUGAGGACACCGUAGACACUCACGGCGGCAGUCGGAGGGGCAGACCGGGAGGACCGAACGGAAGGAACCGAACCGGAGGAUCGCACGGAAGGACCGAACGGACGAGAAGGAGAGCGGACCCAUGGAGGACUCGGAGCCCGCGGAGGACGGCUUGCUCGCGGGCAUGCGGUGGAACCGGAGCGCACGGGACCAGGCUCAGCUGAAGCACAAGAUCCGGGACCUGCCGGGGCUGCUGAAGCACGGGCUGCACCUGCGGAAGAAGAGCCAAUCACCUGACACUAUCCCCGGACCGAGCAGUGGACCUGCAGUAAACAAGUCGUGUUCCCAGAGCUUCCCGUGUGCUGGUCGCGCUGUGAGGAACGCCUUCCUCUCCCACGGGCCGUACCCGGCUAAAGACAAGAUACACCUGGCCAGAAUCAUACGGCGCAGCUACGUGGGCGUGGAGCUGGUGCAGUGGCUGUGUGAGCAGUGUGUGUACGUGCGCUGCCGGACCACCGGCGUGCGCGUCUGGCAGGUGCUGCUGGAGCUGGGAGUCCUGCUGUCGGUGGACCAGCGGGUGAUGUUUUCAGAUUCCAACUCUUACUACCAGUUCAGCUUUGAGGAGUGUGACUCCGCCUCCUGUGACUUUCGCUCCAAUGAGGGGGAGUGGCCAGAGGCGGUUAGGCUCCUCCUCCAACUCGCCCCGUACAUCCAGUUCCGCUCUGGGGGCGGAGCCAGCAGCCCGUCAGAGGAGGACUCCGAAGGCAACAGGGACAUUUGCGGUGAGAUGCUGCAGAUGAAAGCUCUUGAGAGGCUCACUUCUACGGUACAAAAUGAGUUGGCGGCUGCACUUGCCCGAAAGACUCGCAAAGCUUUGUCAGAGCAGGACUCUGAGACGACGGAGACGAGCCAACAGGAGCCUCAGACACCCAGCGAGGAGAGCAGCCCGCUGAGCGGGGGGUGUGCACUCCGUGAUGGCGUUGGCGUCGGCGUUAGCGUCGGCGGGGGAGGAACGGGGACCGUGGGCGGCCGCGAGGAGCUGACCGGCCGGCUGGGGCUGGAGGCCGUUCAGCGGCUGGCCAAGGACGGCUGCCGGCUGCUCCAGAACCACAACUACCGGGUGCCUGACAGGACCCAGGCGGAGGCAGUGGGGAGGGUUUGCCUGAAAGAGAGAGGACGGGAUGUGUUGGUGUUGCGGAGAGUGACAUCAUCAGUGACGUCGCCGUCGGACCGGCCCUCCCCCACGUCGUCAGGGGGCGGGUCCAGAGAGGAGGAUUGCGACAAGAGGUACGUGGUGGUGUCCGGAACGCCGCUCAAGAUCUUGGAGCAUCUGCUGAGCGACCUGCGGCUGGACGACCAAAGAGGGGCGCCAGAGAGCCGGGAGAGCGAAACACUGCUGGAUGACUUCCUGUUGACCUACCUGGUGUUCAUGUCCACCAAUGACCUCUGUCAGGCUCUGCUGGGACACUAUAGCAGCGCCCGCUGCAGGGGCCAGGAGGAGGGCAAAGACGCCCUCUUCAGGAAGCGUAAGGUGCUGCAGCUGGUCUCCCACUGGAGCAGGCUCUACAAGGACUUCCUGAAGGAAGAGGAGCACGUCAGGAGCUUCAUGAAGACGUUGUACAGGUGUGUUUUAGAAGAUCUGUAUGAGUUCCCCACACUGGAGAAAGACCUGAAGGAGUUCCAGAAACUUCUACGUCGCAGACACACGGUCGAUGACUGUCCUCCAAACCAAAAGAGUAAACAAAUGUAUCAGCAGUUGAGUUUGAAGGAAAACUGUUUGCAACUCAGAAGCCCACCGGCUGAAACUAAAGAGGUCAUCUGUUGCGUGCACGUGAGCGCCGACUCCUACCUGAGUGUCCACACGCACCACUCGCUGGAGGGCCACGAGCUGCUAAGAAUUGUGGGUCAGAAGAUGGACAGAGCAGAAGAAGACAUGGUGCUUGCUGUGGCGUCGCACACUGGAGAGCGGAGGGUGUUACAGCCCAGCGACUGCGUGUAUUCAGAGUCCAUGACCCCACAGGGAAAGCUCGUGGCCUGUCGCAGGGACCUCACGGAGAUUCUGCCUCCUUUAACGGACAGUGCUGAGCUGAGCAGGAGGCCGGUGCGACUCCUCGGUAUUAACACCUGUGAUGUUGCAGCUGCUCUCACGCACCUGGACUGGAGCCUCUUUAAAUCCAUCCAUGAGCAAGAGCUCGCCUACUACACCCUCAGCCGCGUUCCUGGUACCGGCCACACGGCGGCGCUCUCGGUGCUGCUGCAGCGCUGCAACGAGGUCCAACAGUGGGUGAUGUCCGAGGUGCUCAUGUGCACGUCGCUCAACAAGAGGGUGCAGCUGCUCAAGAAGUUCAUCAAGAUCGCAGCACACUGUAAAGCCCAAAGAAAUUUGAACUCUGCGUUUGCCAUCAUCAUGGGUUUGAACACGGCAGCCGUGAGCCGACUGAACCAAACCUGGGAGAAAUGUCCGGGGAAGUUCAAGAAGCUUUUCUCAGAGUUGGAGCUCAUCACGGAUCCAUCUCUGAAUCACAAGGCCUAUAGGGAAGCCUUCAAGAAGAUGAAGCCUCCCAAGAUCCCUUUCAUGCCUCUUCUCCUGAAAGAUAUCACAUUCAUUCACGAGGGAAAUAAGACCUUCCAUGACAACCUUGUCAACUUUGAGAAGCUGCAUAUGAUCGCAGAGACAGUGCGGAUGAUUCGCCACUGCCAAAGCGACCAGCCAGGCAACGAGGUAAUUGGGGUCGACAGUGCGGAGGUGAGGGCGAGCGUUCAUUACCUGCACAUUAUCGACAAUCAACAGACGCUUUUCGAGCUGUCGCACAAGCUCGAGCCCCGUGCUUGAAGACACACACACACACACUUACCCUCACAGACGCACAACAACAAACCCACUGGGCACCGUGGAGAUGCCACCACCGCGUAUGUGUGGCACGGAGAACGCUUUUCACUGCACAAUUCGACACACUGACACACACACACACACACACACACUACUACAAAGUCACAGCACCAGCCGGGGAGCCGAGAGGACAAUGAGCUGCCAUGUGGACCUGUGAAGACAAAGCUGCACUCCUCCUGUGCUCAAGAGGCGUUACGACACUGAUUCUAAGGGGUAAAUGGUUCAAGACUGAAUGCUGUGUGAAGAGAUGAAUCAGCAAGACAGAGGGAGCCAAACUGAGACAAAGAGAAGAGGAGGCUGUCAUUCGUUUGUAUCUUUUGGACUGAAUAGUGUUGUCAUAGUGAUACGUUAUGGGCCUGUUUAGCAGGUGGAAUGUUUCUUUAUUUCUUUUCCUCACUGAUCUUCAGAUGUGAGCCCUCAGUGAGCAACAACAGGUGAAACAUCAACAGCGUCUGGUACGUGAAGGAGGCUUUGUGAGGUUUUUAUUGACUGACUGUGAUGUUGGAAACACUCGAGCUCUCCUGAACGUCCAGAGUUCAUAAACGGUUGAUGAGAAUGUCGUUGUUUUUUUGUUCUCCUUUCCAGGUCCUAGUUGAGACUCCUCGUGCACUCUUUGCUAUGAUGUUUUUCUGUAAUUUUUCAUUGUAUAUAAUGUGGACUUAUAUAUAUAUAUAUAUGCAUAUAUAUAUAUCAGUGCCAAACGUAAUACCGAGGCCGCAGAUCAAUUGGUUUGUUUAACAUUUUAAUUUCCUUAAUUGAGCCCUGCAAGGACGUCUUAUCCGUGAUCAUGUACAUCAGAUCAGACCGUUCGCAGAAAUACUUUCUGACAUCAUGACGACUGAUUUCAGGCUGUUUUGUGUUUGUAUUACUUCUCGUGUUGCUAUGGAAACAGCCCCAUCACAGAGCUUUUUUUUCAUUUCUUAUCAACAGAGAAGUUAAGCACCUCAGACCUCUGUUAAGACAUAGCUUUGUUCAACAAGAUCAUGUUCAUGAGGAGAUUCUGACAUUUAAUCUUACUGACUGAAAAUAUCAACUGGUCUUGGUGUUAAAUGUCUGUUACAACUAACACAGGUUGUGGACCGAAUAAUGGAAGCACAAGGGCAGAGUAAGACCAAGUGUUACAGGUUUGGUUAACUCUACCAUUUCAAAAUGCCCAUCCUUUCUGCUUCUUGUUGAUAUUUGUUUAUUAUUCAAAUCACUGAGGGACCCGUCUCUCUUGUUUCUAAUCUUAGUCCAGUCACUAGGAAAGAAAUGCUGCAUGGAAUGAGGAACCAUUUACAAAUAAAAAAAUUAGGGACAAUGAUACAUACAAAUUAAGACUAAAAACAUCACAUCUGGUAGAACUUCUUAGGGUUAUUUUGUCCUUGCCCUAUUUAUGGUCAUGCAUUGCCAGUCACUUGAGAGGUGCAUUUCUGCUGAGUUGCAAGAUAAACCCUAAAUGUUAUGUAGCAAUGCAUAUCCUGCAUUGUUCGGAUAAUUGGCUUGAAAACACGGGGCCAAAGUGCAAAACGGGACGGAAUGUCGUCACUGAGCCUUUCAGAGCUCAUGGCUGCUUCCUUCUGAUCAUCAUGAAUCUAAUGGACACGGGCGGAGUGAGUUAUUGGGGAGCUUCAGAGCCAGAAACACCUUUUUGGACCAUUAUAGGAAGAAUAUUCCUAUACUGAUUAAUGUAAAGACUCACUUCUACAUAUCAUUUGUAUGGUGUGAGUUGCUUAGUCACUGUGCUUUAGAAGCACAGGCUCUUACCCAACAACAAACUUGAUGCUCUGAUGCAGGGACAGUUUCGUUUCGCAUUUGAGUUUUGUGGAAAGCGGAUUAAGUGUUAAAUGUGAAUCUUGAGGUUGUUUCUCCCCGGGAGUUAAGCAUAUCCACAAAUAGUUCAUAAACAUUCAUGUCAGACAAUGACACGAAGACUCGUUGACUAUGUAACCUUUGCUGUAGGUUUAAAUGUUUCUAUCAUCGGUUGGACCAGACAAAGUAAAGCUGUGCUGUGGCAGAGUCGUGACUCCAGCAACAAGUCGUUUUAUUCCUUCUAACUUUAUUCGCCUCUUUUUCAAACCAAGUCAGUGAUUCUUCGAGUGUCAUAGAAAGGCCUUGUGGUCGUCAUCUUGAUGAAUAACCUGUACAUGAUGCACACGUUCACACACACAACUCUGCUCGUUGUGUUUACAGAGCAGUAUAAUUGUGCUAUUUUACUUAUUUAUUGUAAGAUAUUUAUGUAUUUUAAAGUUGACAAAGAUCCAUGUGCCAUGUUCAAAGGUUCAAAAAUGUGCCGUUCAUUCUUGAGGCGACGUGUUUGUGGUUGAAGCUGCAGCUCUAGAAUGUGAAAGUACUUGCAGACAUGUUUGUGGCCACUUGAGAGCAGCAGAAGAGCGAGUUGGUGUGAGACGCUUCUCUUUCCUCUGCUGUCAGAUGCUGUGACGGACAGGAGACCAACACAAAGAUGUCUUUAGUUUUAUCAGCUGUAUUCAAGACUGUGUAAAGUUACGUUUUUUUUUUUUUUUAAAGCAAUGUCGUUUAAAACCUGUUUGCAUGUUAAAACAGAAAAAAACACAAAGUUCACAAUGCAAGAUAGGACACAUUGAAGGCUUUGUACUAUUGUAAUAUUGUUGAUGUGUAAAUAUAUGCCCGUGUUUGGUUUGUUAUUAUUUAUCAGUUGUAAAUGUAAAGAUAGUCAGCCACAAAGCAAUAUGUCUCCCCUUAUGUUCUACUUUCUGACCGCUGAAGCCACGUGUCUUUUCUAAAGCAGCGUUUUAUUAUGUCAACAUUUGACUAAAAUUAAUAAAUGAUAAGUUUUACGUGA